UUCCCAGUGACGGAAUCACCAAAAGCCCCAUCCAAGAAAUAUUCUGAUCAAACAGAUCCCAGCACCUUUAAAGAAAAGUAGUAACACAUUGCAGAAGCCCCAGAUCUGUUCUUGGAGAGCAACCGAUCGCCAGUCCUGGGGUGAUUUAUUUAUUGCUCAUUCCAAUGUCGCAGUUAUUCCUUAGAGCAAUUAGACAAACCUGAAAAGAAAACACAAGCGGGGUCUGUCAGGGAGCGCUGAAGCCUGCCUUCACGCUGCUGGCUGGGAAGAGUGGAGUCCUUGAAAACAGCCGGGUGAGUGGGACCCGGCUUGACCCGUCUCCUGUUCCCCUUCCUUUCAUGUUUUCUGUGCAAGGAGGAGGGAGAAAGAAACGAAGAACCUGAGCAGAGCAGGCGGUGCUGAGUUCGAGGCCAAGCUCUGCGUGAGCGGAGGAAUGUGCGGCCGGGGGGGGGGGGCUGAGGGCACCCCGUUCUUCCAGCGCCUGGCCACACCAGCCUGCCUCACUGUCCUUCUGUAGUUCCCCUCCCCUGGAAGGGAGCGGCCUAAAUAUUCUUGUAGCUGGCCCAGAACAGGAGCUGAUUCUUGGGACAGACACCCAGGAGUUUUUUGGUCAGGUAUCCCUUUCAGGUUUGGAAUGAACGUAUGACGGAGGGGAUCAUUUGGCUCUUGGCUUCCUCGCCGGAGGGGAAGUGAUACUCUAAACAGGGCCAGUAUUAGACUGUUCUGGCUGGGCUGCUUCUGUGGCUGCGUUUCCUAAUUCAGAAAUCUGACACGAGCAAGGUUUGCCUUCUGCCAUCAUUUGUUAAUAUGUUUGACUUUCGUUGGCUUUAAUUUGUUGUUUGUGUGUUUUGAAGCCAUUUUGGAAACAAACAGUUUUUCUCCUGUUGCUUUUACGAUUGGGGAAAGAGGAUUUAAGCGUGGCACCUUCAUUUGGCUUUUGAGAUCCCCAGGCCUUUAUAUCCCAGGUGGGAGGAGUGAAGCAAAGAAGGAAAUCAGAAUGCAGGGACACAAUGGUGCAAUGCAGCUUGGUUGGAGCAAAAAUUGGCUUCUGUAAUGAGAGCUCAAUCCAGAUUACAUUUGAGGAGGGUCCUCAACUGCUGCCUGGUGUGAACAUAAGUCACGUGAGCUGUGCUGACCAGACGGAUCGCAGCAUGGUGUUACAUUGCAGCCUUUCAGCUGACACUAUGCAGUUCCCUGUCUCGGUCACCCAGCAGUCGCCAGUGGCUGUUUCUAUGGACACUUAUUACAUCACCUUGGCUGUGCUGAAGGCCCAGCUGGUGAUCCGUCUGGAGGAGGUGCCGGACGAAGGCCUGCUGGUGUCCUGGGCUUUGAAGGACAGGCCGGGCUUGAGUCUGAGGGUGGCUCCGAAGUUUCAGCUGCAAAAAGACCAUGAUGGGAAAGUGGACCUGUCCACCAUAAAAGAUUUGAUAGAGGAUGCGAUCAUCAGCACUCAGCCCGCCAUGAUGGUGAAUCUGGAGGCGUGUGUAGCCAGCGGCAAGACAUCCUGUAAUAAGCGAUCUCAGGGUUCCCCAUCCAGUGCAGCAGCAACUCCAGUGCCCAGGCUACUGCUUCAGCACCUGCGGGCCCUGCACUUGGACUGCGAGGAGGCUGGAGGAAGCAGGCAGCUGUGUUGCAUGGCGGAGCUGGACAGCCCUCGGCAGCAGAAGCGGACCAAGGCAUUGCCAGCUAGCAGCUCCAGCUGUGCUGCCCACAUAGAAUGGGCUGAUAAACUCCUCCUGGAGCUCGGGCCAGGAAGCAAAACGCUGACGCUGAGCGUCCUUGAGAGCAACAGCACUGGGCAGGAAACACUCUUGGGGUUGGCCACAGUCCCGCUGGAUUCCCCCUCCAAAGAGCCGCGUGGACAGCAGCAGUACCUGCUGAAUCCUGGGGCGGGCAAGCAGCUGUCCCCUGCAGCAGCUGUGGUGGUGGAGCUGCUCUACCAGGAAUUGUCAGAGCUUCAGCCGGCAUCAGCGUUGCGCACCACCAUCACACCCACUAAAAAGAUUGAAAUGGACCGCACCAUCAUGCCCGAUGGCACCAUAGUCACUACGGUCACCACCGUCCAGUCCAGGCCCAAGAUGGACUGCAAGCUUGAUUCACCCUCGAGGUCUCCAUCCAAGGUGGAAGUGACAGAGAAAGUGACCACCAUGCUUCCCGAGAAUGGCUGCCCAAGCAGCGCUUCACCCAGUAGCAGCAGGAGCAGUCACGUGUCCAAUGGCCUGGACCCAGUGGCUGAGACGGCAAUCAGGCAGCUGACAGAAGCCACCAACAGACCAGUCAAGAAGACGCCGACCAAGCGCAGCACGCUCAUCAUCUCGGGGGUCUCCAAGGUACCAAUUGCCCAGGAUGAAAUGGCUCUCUCCCUUGGUUACGCUGCCUCGCUGGAGGCCACGCUCCAUGAGGGUUCCAUCACGGCUGGCAUGCUAGACCACGCGCAGAAUACCACGGAGCAGGAGGCCUCCUACGCAACACACCGGGCCAGCCAGGAGCUGGACGAGACCACCCACUCGGACAUCUCCGACAGGCCCUCGGUGGAGGAUGCAGAGUCGGAAACCGGCUCCACAGGGGCUCUCGAGACCAGAAGCCUGAAAGACCACAAAGUGAACUUCCUGCGGAGCGGCACCAAACUCAUUUUCCGAAGGAAGAACAAGCAGAAGGAAGCAGGCCUCAGCCAGUCACACGAUGACUUGCCAAACGCCAGCACCACUUCUGCCCCCAGGAAGAAAUCUGGCAGCUUCUCCCGGCGCCUCAUCAAGCGCUUCUCCUUCAAGUCCAAGCCGAAGGCCAACGGCAGCACGUUGGCCACAGACAAGCACUGAGCAGCGGCUUCUGGAAAGGUUCUCCAGAGGGUCCCUUUGUCGAUGCCCCCCCCACUCCGUGUUUGCAUCACAGUCUCAGUUCCUCUUCCCUCCCCUGCCAAGGGAGUGGCCUCCAGAGCCUGCCUGGGUGGCUGCUGUUGCUGUCAGGAGCGUCUGUGAAUGCCCGGGCAUCCCUGCUUGGAGCUGACCUGGACAUUGCAUCCUGGAGUGGGGAGGAGGAUGCCCACGCACCAUCUUGCGCCUGAACGUGAAAUCUUGGGAGCGCCCGCCACAGAAUGUGGAUUUCAGUGGUGGCUUUAGGGACAGUCUCUCUCCCUCGUUUGGGGGGAGUGUGUCGGGCACCUUUGCAGUGGGGAAGGGCCCAGUAUACUGGCUGGAGGCAGGGGGCCUGGUUUUUGUGGUUGGCCAGUAUGUGGAAAUACCCAUUUUUCACAUUCUUGGGGACUCCAGUGACUUGGGCUUCUGCAGCGAUGGCUCUGCCCCUGGAAGAGGAGCCUUGGGGGUUCUCUGUCUCUCAGGACCAGCCUGUAUGUACUGGAGGUGACGAGAGGGGGUGCCACCAGCAUGUGGGGAGACACGUAUCUUGACUGAAAGAGGGGAGGCAGCUGACUUCCCUGUGCACAAAUGGCCCUUCUUUGACUCGUCACUGGGUUCGGCUUGACCAGGAGGAAUGCUGCCGGAGCACAGAAAAGCCCAUUCUGCGUGCACGUGCCUGUCGCUGUUCUAGCAUGGAUGGAGAGUGCUCCGGGGCUGGUGGCUGAUUUUCAGGGUGUGAGAUGGCUGAUGCAGUAACCCAAGGUGAGGCCGUGGGUGCCUGGAAGGCAUUUUUGUGAGAAACUGUUGGGUCCCACCAAUGACGUGGCAAGCAGUGUGACUGGUGAGGGGAAGGAAGGGGGUAAAUCUGCUUUGACAUGGGCUGGUCCCUCUCUGCAGGUUAUUGAAUGGGGUGGGUGGGUGAGGGGCAGGGGCUUUUACAAGGAAACAACCUCUUGGGUCAUCCAAAAAAGUCAGUUCUCAGGUUUUGCAACAAUCACGGGAGAUGCGUGACAGAUAGAAAAUGCCUGGCCUUUGGAGGGAGUGGCCAUUUCAAGGGACAGGUGGACCGAGAGAAUUCCUUCUGUGUGUGGAAGUGUGUGUGUGCACUACAGAGACUAGGUUGCUGGACAUUUUUAAGCCAUGGCGUCUGCCCAACAUCCAAGUUCUUUGUUGCUUCCCCCUUGGGAAUAUUCACUGUCCUCUCGCUGUACUGGAGGCCAGCAGCAUCCUCUGAGCACUUAAGCCUUCCUUGGGGGGCUCUUGUAGGGCACUGCCCCCCUCUAGAAUUGCAGCCAUGGUGGGUGCUGGUGCCACUCUUCUGGUUUCUGGAAGCUCCCCUUCAACUGGGUCCAGGGUAACUGAGGAGGAAAAGGCUGAGAUUGUGCUGGAACAGGCUAAAGCAUGAUGCAAGAUGGACUUGCCAAGGAAUGAUAACAGGAAAGGCUGUCGAGGGUGGGGCGUGGGGCGAAUCUGUAGCCGAAGCCUGCGUGUGGAGGGGCAGGUUUGGCUUUGGAUGGAAAUGAGCGUCACGCCAUUGCACUUAACCAUUCACAUUUGUCCCAAGUACAGGGAUCUUCUAGUGGAAAGAGAGAGGUGAUGAAAUACUCCGCAAGCAUGCUUGCCUGGCAGGGCCUCCAUGCUUCUCUUUCAGCGACUGAAGGGGCACCCUUGUGCCCUCUCUUUGUUGGGGCACCCAUGGGCAAUAGUGUCAGCUGACUGAGCAGGAUGCACGAGACUGUUUUGCCUCCUUUGGCUGUCGGAAGGUGGAUUGGCGCAGUGCAAACGAAGACCUCCACACGCAUGCACACACCACCUGUUCAUAUGAAUUAGCGCACUGUGGGUUUUUGUUUGCACGUUUGUCAGUUUGUUUAGCACUUAUCCCUGGAAAAUUCAGUUGGAAGCAGCUGGAUCAGGACCACCUGAUCCAGCUUGCUUUUCCGAGUCGCAUGUGACCAGGAUGGGGUUGUGGGAUCACAUUCUUGGAAUAGGUAAGGCCUUUGUCAGGGCUCGCUGCUGUGGUUGGCAUCAGCUGUUCUGUUUGUAAGUGGGUUGGCAUGGGGGGGGGACAGGGGAGGAGGGUUCUGUAGCUGCAUGUUGCCCCUUGGAGAUGCCCAAGCAGGACGCCUUGCCCGAGCGGCCAGUGUGGACUACCUAGAAUCUUGGUGGUUGGGGAGGCCGGCUUGUAACCCGUGCAUGCUGGCAUCCGUGUUGCAGGGCAGGAUUGAUGAAGUCUGCCCAGAUCCCUCUCUGUCCCGUUAGCACUUAGUCUGAAAAUGAUUUGUGCCUUUUCAGAGGGUUGUAAGAUCCAGGAGACGAGGACUUGAUAAGGCUGUCUUUUAGAAGAGGCCAUUUUUGCUCAGCAUGGGAGCAGCGUUCCUGCGUGUUUAAAUGAGAAUGAUUAACGAAUAGCUCCAGGGAAUCAAGCUUGCAGACUCCAUGUGGUGUGUGUGUGAUGGAGGAUUCUUCUCCGGGAUGGUGACUGAGAGUUAAAGGAAAGUUGGCACCUGAGCCUAGUGGGGCCUGCAAUGGUUCACCUUGCACAGGCUGCCGUGGGGGCGGAAGAGCCUGCCUGCCUGGGGCUCAGUAAGCCUCUGCCCCAGUCUGCUUGGUGGGGACUCAGCCUUCAGGUGCAUUUUCUCAUGGCAUUGAAGUGCUAACAAGCCCCAUGGAGGCCAGCAUAGCAGACGAGGGCCAAGUUAGGCGCAAAUGAAUGUCUGGCAGGAAGGAAACCUGCUGGGAGAGCAGGCUCCCUUUCUGUGCCGCUCCCUGUUCUUGUUUCCCUUUUCCAGCUUUGAAUGUGGGUUGGUGCCUUGUCAAUCUUCUGUCCAAGGCAAAUGGGCCUCCGCAGCUGAAUUGGGGAAUAUGGUGACCCUAGUCCAAACUUGGGGGGGGGGUCUGUAAGGGAGCCCCUGCAUGCAUGCCGCGGCACCUACAGUGGCUCAGAGCCAAGCUACAAGUGACGCCUGACACAGGUGGGACACUUGUCAGCUUCCCUCAACUUUUGAUGGGAAAUGUAGGCGUCCUGGUCUUGCAGCUUGGCUCUCCAUUACAGGAUGCCUACAUUAACCAUCAAAACUUGAGGGAAGCUGACUAGUGUCCAACCUGUGUCAGGCGUCACUUGUAGCUUGGCUCUCAGUCACUCUUCCUUGCUUGUCACGGGGUGGGGACGGAGCAGGUGCUUUGAGGUGGUGGGGGGUGGGGAGGUUGUGGCUGCGAUGAAAUUCAUGGGGUGAGGGAAGGGGGUGGAGCAGUAGCUGUGGCAUCCGUGGCCUGGCCCGCAAAGGCAGCGUGGGGCAGCAAGCUCCUGACCCCCAUCCCUGCGUAACUGUUGUGCCCCCUUUAGCCAGUCUCUGGUGUGGCUGCUGGACCAAACCCCCAACUGAGCCUGAGCUGACACCCCCCCCCCCCCAAGUGGGGCUCUUCCGCACCCGAGGCCUUUUCUGUGGGUGGAUUCUUGUGACCCCAGAUCAUUUAGAUAUAAAGAAAUACUAGGAGCUGUGUAGAUAUUUCAAAGACUAGAGUAAAAUGUAUUUAAAAUAUGAUUGUGAUACUCUGCACCUUUGUGUGUUUCGGGAGAAGUCCGCUGCUGUGUGGGGGCUUGGCCUGUAACUUAUUAAACUCUGUGGGAACAACGUG